GGUGGCUAGACCUGCUAGACCCCAAACCAGCCCGACCACUCACUCCCUCCCUCUGCUUCCCUAAGUUCACUUCCAAUCCAAUCCAAUCUUAUCUUCAAGUCUUCUCCAAACUCGAUCCAUCGAACGCCAAUCCACCCCUCACUCCCACCCAGCCCCCGGGUUACGGGUGGUUCCUUCUCGUCCUUUCUUUUCGAGAGACGGACCUGACCCACUUCUAAGGUGUGAUUGCUUCCAUCAUCAACAACGGAUCAAAGGAUUGACGGAUUGAUUGGGGGUCAUGAUCACGUGGGUUUAAGCGCUCAGCAUGGAGAACGAUUCCAACAUGGGGGCCCGCAUAUUCGUGGGCGGCAUCCUGCCCUCCUGCGAUCAAGCCGCAUUCACCGAGAAGUUCGCCGCGCACGGGCCCGUGCUAGCUGUGACCAUUCACCGCGGCUACGGCUUCGUGCAGUUCGAGCACGAGAGCGACGCCAUGAACGCCAUUCAGGCCGAAAACCACACCGUCUUUCAGGGCCACAUCAUUCAAGUCAAGCCCGCUCAAAGACGACCCGGACCGCCCCGGGCCGCUGGGCCAGAGGGCUCCGAAUCGGCGGGUGGAGAACGGGGCGGGCCUUCGCGAGCGCGUUAUGCCGAACCGCCGGGACGAGGUGGGAUGGGGGGAUUUCGCGGGGCCCGCCCGCCGGGCCGAGGUGGAGCCGGGGCCGGGGGUGGUCGUUAUAGUGGCGGCACCUCGGGUGCGGGUAGUUGGCCUGAAGGCGAGGGAUCGUCCGGUCCCGCGGGCUUUACGCCCACCGUGAUGGAAAAAACCAAUGACUGCGAAGUGGUGUGUGUGAACCGCCUCCAACAACGCUAUGCCGAAAAUAUCGAGCGACGUCUCCAAGGGCUGGGCUUAAGUGUGGACGUGUUGUUUCCCAAUCCGGAGAUCCCGUUGGCGCAAAUCCUGGGCAGUAUCGCCAAGCGUGGCGUGACCUACGCCAUGCUGUUGACGCCGCUCAACGAGGAACACCAGUCGGUCACGCUCAAUAUUCUGCAAGGUCAGCAGCAAGAGCACCGAAAUAUGCCUUUAGAGGAUGCGGUCCACUUGUUGGCCAACGAUUUCCAACAGACGCUCGAGACGCAGGCCAAGACGGGCGAAAUUGGCAAGAGUAUGCCCGAUGACGUGCGGGCCGUGGUGGGUUUCCUGGUGGAUAAUCGACCCUUGUCCGUGAUGGAGUAUGACAAGCUCAUCAAGUAUUUGGCCAAUAAGCGCGAACAGAUGCUCCGCAUGGAGUACGGGGAUAAUAUUCCGCCCCAUUUGGUUGAGCCCCCCGUUGGCCCGGCCUUGAAUCCGGCCACUAAAGCCAAACAGAGUGAGCUGCAAGCCAAAAUCAUGGACAUUCUCAGCAAGCCCAUCGAGCGUCCCUCCGCCCCCGCCCCUUCCUCUGCCUCUGUUUUGUCAGGAACCUCGUCCUCGGCCGGUGGGGCUCUGCCCCCGGCUAUCACCGACUCCGGCCUGAACGCAUCACUUCAAAAGGCCAUCGAUAGCCUCAUCAAAACUGGUCCCAAUCUGCUGAAUCAAGUGGCUUUGGCCCAACAAAAACAGCAGCAGCAGCAGCAGAACGCCCAUAGUUCCGGCUAUGGAGGAGGCGGAGCCAGCCGGUCGGGCCAGGGUGAUUCAUUAUUCUCAUCCUACGGGAGCUAUUAGUUACCUUGAUAAUAAUAGUAAUAAAUCUCACCCGGGGGAGUGGUUUGUGUUGUGAUUCGUUUCUUAUGGGUAUCCCCCACCCAUGCCCAUCUCCUCGCCUCUCUCUGGCAGUAUCAUCACCCACGUAAUACGAUUUAACUUUUGUUCUUUUUCAG